UACCUUGCAGUUUAUGACAUACACAUAGAGGGAGGUCUGAUGAAGUGAAGGAGGCAGCCAGAGAGCAGCUCCAUCCCCGUGGAAACCAGGAACCCCUGGGUGCAGACAGCUCUUCCGACUUUCCCGUGCAGUUCUUUUGUGUCACUUUGAGAGGGGCUUGUGGAUGAUUUAUCAAUGUGUGCCUGCUCAGGCGAGCCCCACAGGGAGGGAGGACCCAAGCCGAACGGUGGCAGAGGAAGCCAACACAGACCUCACAGUGCUGGAACUGGCUCGACUCUUGUAUGCAGUUUUUGAAGUCAGCAAAAGAGAAAUCAAAUUACUAUCAUAUUAUGCUGCUACAAGCUCAGGAAGAGGGGAUUUUACACCGGCUUCAUUACUAUUCGAGAAGCAGCUAGGCACAGAAUAUCCAAGUAUGUCUACCGCAUGGACCCCUGAAGACAAAUGAUCACAUUUGACUUCCUGAAUUCUCAAAACUCUGCAACCUCUGUGAUAAAAGUUCAUUCUGCUUAUUUUGCCCUUCUUUGGUGGAAAAAAAAAAAUACAACCCAACAGAGGACGCCACUAAAAUUGUGAAGGCAAGCAAUCUAAAGAGCAUUGCCAUUCUUAACUACUAUCAUAAUAAUGGGAGAGGGAAAAGACUGCAAAGGAGUCCCACAUGUACAUCAGCAUCGGCACGACAGAGCUCGGGGAUAGAAAGUUAAACGUUGAGCAGAGGCUAUAACUUGUCAGUCUUUCAACACUUCAUCUGCUACAAGUUCCGACUCCAACAUGGAUAUUCUCUGUGAAGAAAAUUCUUCUUUGAGCUCAACUCCGAACUCCUUAAUGCAAUUAAAUGAUGGCACAAGGCAUUAUAAUAAUGACUUUAACUCUGGAGAAGCAAAUACUUCUGAUGCAUUUAACUGGACAAUGGAGUAUGAAAACCAAACCAACCUUUCCUGUGAAGGGUGCCUCCCACCAACAUGUUUCUCCUUACUUCAUCUCCAGGAAAAAAACUGGUCUGCUUUAUUGACAGCUGUAGUGAUUAUUCUAACCAUUGCUGGAAACAUACUCGUCAUCAUGGCAGUGUCCCUAGAGAAAAAGCUGCAGAACGCCACCAACUAUUUCCUGAUGUCACUUGCCAUAGCCGAUAUGCUGCUGGGUUUCCUUGUCAUGCCCGUGUCCAUGUUAACCAUCCUGUAUGGGUACCGGUGGCCACUACCUAGCAAGCUCUGUGCGGUCUGGAUUUACCUGGAUGUGCUCUUUUCCACGGCCUCCAUCAUGCACCUCUGUGCCAUCUCCCUGGACCGCUAUGUCGCCAUCCAGAAUCCCAUCCACCACAGCCGCUUUAACUCCAGAACUAAGGCGUUUCUGAAAAUCAUUGCUGUUUGGACCAUAUCUGUAGGUAUAUCCAUGCCAAUACCAGUCUUUGGGCUGCAGGAUGACUCCAAGGUCUUUAAGCAGGGGAGCUGCUUACUGGCUGACGACAACUUUGUCCUGAUCGGCUCUUUUGUGUCCUUUUUCAUCCCCUUAACCAUCAUGGUGAUCACCUACUUUCUAACUAUCAAGUCACUCCAGAAAGAAGCUACUCUGUGCGUGAGCGAGCCGGGAACACGGUCCAAACUCUCUUCUUUCAGCUUCCUCCCCCAGAGCUCCCUGUCUUCGGAAAAGCUCUUCCAGCGAUCCAUCCACCGGGAGCCAGGGUCCUUCGCGGGCAGGAGGACGAUGCAGUCCAUCAGCAACGAGCAGAAAGCGUGCAAGGUGCUGGGCAUCGUCUUCUUCCUGUUCGUGGUGAUGUGGUGCCCUUUCUUCAUCACGAACAUCAUGGCUGUCAUCUGCAAGGAGUCGUGCAACGAGGACGUCAUCGGAGCCCUGCUCAACGUGUUCGUGUGGAUCGGUUACCUCUCCUCGGCCGUCAACCCGCUGGUCUACACGCUCUUCAACAAGACCUACAGGUCCGCGUUCUCGCGCUACAUUCAGUGUCAGUACAAGGAAAACAAAAAACCGUUGCAGUUGAUUUUAGUGAACACUAUUCCGGCCUUGGCUUACAAGUCUAGUCAGCUCCACAUGGGACAAAAGAAGGAUUCCAAGAAAGAUGCCCAGGCGACAGAGAAUGACUGCUCCAUGGUUGCUCUAGGACAAGGACCUCCUCCGGAAGAUGCUGGCACAGACAGUGUGGACACGGUGAACGAAAAGGUUAGCUGCGUGUGAUCGGGGCGGCUGGUUGCCAUGGCAACCGUGGAGGGCACAGCAAACAAGUUUUCACCUCUCUGGAGAAACAAAAAGUAAGGGAGGCUGGGGGAAAAAAAAAAAAAAGGUCGCUCUAGUGGAACCCAUAGUAACCAUAGGGCCCUUAGUUGUAUUCUGUCAAUGAAAAGCAGGGUUCCUUGCCACAAGAUGUGCACUUGAAACAUGUUCUGACAGCAUUUCCGCUGUGAGCUUGAUGAUCCUUUCAAUGUUAUAAAUGAUGUCUUUAAAUAAGCUUUUAUUGUCCAAUUAUAAUGAGGUCCUAAAUAAAUCAAGAUUAACUUCUCUUACUGAAUGGAAACCUUGCCACUAAUGGGAUCCAGUUGGUUACCUACUGCUGUAAAUAAAAAUAGCUAUAAAUAGUGAAAGUUUUGUUGACUCUAAUGGCCUCUUCAAUAAAGAAAAAUAUAUAAAACUUACCAUGACAUACAUUUUGAAAGGAAAAGAAAAAGACACUAAUGACAGUGUUGUGAAGUCUGUACUGCUAAGAUAAUUAAAUGAAAUACUUGACAACAUUUUUUUCAUUCCUGCUUUCUCAUAGAUGCCAUUGUGAAGUAGUCACAAGAUUGCUGGCAUUUGCUGCAUUCCAAGUUCAUUCUUCUCAGAAGCGAAAAGAUUUUAAGUGUUACUGAAUACCAAUUGCUGCUUUCUCUUCUACUUCUUGUUCUGUAAUCUGAAUUUCCAGUGUGGUCUUGUUUAGUAUUUGUUCUUCUGUAUUAGUAUUUGAUAGGUAAGCUAUCAAAAGGAUAAUUUCACACUACCAAAAACAUUCUAGAAGUUGCUUCUUUAAAACCGUACCACACAGGUAUCUGGUAACUCGUUGUGAAAUGACUGCAUCAUGCAUGCGCACUUUGGGGCAGCAAACAGAAUAUUGAUGUAACGGUGUCAGGGUUGAGUAUAAACUUAGGUUUCUGGUUGUUAACAGUAGGAGGGUCUUAGGACAAAUAUGUGAAAAGCUGGUGAUUUUCCUCUUGGCACUUAUCAGGUAAAUUGAUGCUUUCAGAUGAAUCAAUUUACACUAUUUAUUAAAACUGCUCAGCUUGGUUCUACAACCAUCUAUUGAGUGUAUUCUCAUGGGUGGGGGCAAUUUUCUAGAUACUAGGGACAUAAAAAUCAUUAAAACAAAAUCCUUCCCUUAAGACAAAUGACUAAACUGAAAUGGCCCUUGUUAAAAAAUAUCAAACUCAUUCUGAGAAUUAGUUCAAUUUAUUUCCUCUUUAUCUGGUUCAGGAACAGGUUUGUUACAACUGUGAGGGUGGUUUUCUCAGUAAGUUUUUCUGAUUGGUUACCAAUAAAUGUCAAGCAAACAAAGAAGGGGGUGUAUAUCAGCUUAGAUCAAACGCUGUAAUUAAUAUAGAAAGGUAUACCUCAAUCUGGACUUAAUUUAUGACUACCAAAGUAUUGAGCAGAAUUUUUGUCCUGUCUCUCUAAAAUCACAAUUAUCUUACUGUUAUUGACACUAGAGUCUCUAGUAAAAAUCAGACAAAUAUAAUAUUUGGUAGAAAUGAUUUAAAGAGAGAAAAAAGAUUAACUAUAGUUAAUCCAGCUUCAUACUGUAAUGCUUUAACUUAAACUGCACAUGAUUAUUGGAAUAGAUGUUGGAUUUAUGAUUGCACUGAUGAAGCAUUUCUAUUGAAUAUUAAGUAGCUUUUGCCCUAAGUCUUUGGAAAAAAAUACAGAUUUGAAAAUUAAUGUAGAAAAUAUUGUUAUAUAAUUUGGAAAUGCACUAGGGCUGUCCUUCCAGAUACGUUGAAAGAUAGUUCACUAUUUUAAUGCUAGCAUUUAUAAUAUGCCACUAGUACCAAGGCUGCAUUUGAACCAGACUGCUUCUUAAUGAUCAUAUGAUACCAACUGAUGAAAAUAUAGUCUGUGCUCUAAUGUAUUUUGCCUUAGUUUAUCACUCUGCUCAUUUCAUUAUAUAGUAAAGAUUACAGAUUUCCCCAUGUAUUCAAUCUUGAUCAGAAUGAACAUACUGCCUGACAGAUAUCUUCUGACUGCAUAUAUAGUAUAAAUGUGUAUGUUUUUCCUGCAAAAAUAUCUAUUUAAGUGUACAUAGACACAUAUAUAACUGUAUAUAUGUACAGACAUGUUCCCAUGCACUUUAUUCAAUAUUUAUAUAUUUAUAUGGAGGAAAAGAAAAUCAAUGAAAAAACUCAGUAUGUACACAUGUGUGCAUGUUUGUGUCAUGUCGAUUUAAAUGUAAAAUCAUGUUCUAAUAUUCCUAUGACCUUCCAUUGCUAUCAGAGGAAGCUAAAGCAUAAUAGAAGCAUAGCCCUUUAAAUUAACUGGAAGUUGCUCUACUUUUGAGGAAAUACUUUAGCACGAUUCUAUGAGGGUGGUGAAAAGAAUAGUCUAUGUACAUAGUUUAUUGGUUUUCAAUUAAAUGGUAACUUUGGGUCCUUUGUUCAGUCUGAGGACUUCCUGACUACUAUGGCUUUUUAUAUAUACUUCACCCCAAUGAAACAGUCCUCAAACAAUUUAUGGGUCAGUAAUGAAAGGAUUCUCUCCUAGCCAUUAUUAUUAAAACAGAGUAACAAACCUUUAUUUUCUUUAAGUUGAAUGAUAAAUUCUACACUCAAAAGAAAGGAAUUAAACGCAGUAGUUAGAAAAAACUUGAUUUAAUAAAUACGUAAUCUACUUGGCCACAGCGCCAUCUCAUGGUCAUUUCUUGAAGUGCUACUGUAGACAAAUUGAACUGUUCCCAUACUGCUUUUAGGAAAGGGUGCUUCUCUCAUUUGUGCAUCAAUGGAACAUAUUUAUAAAGUGUUAAAUUAUUCUGUGCCAUAUGUAACAAAUACAGUGAAGAUUAUUUUAUGUACUGGUUUUAAUUAAGGUGAUUCUAAACAAUUUCAAGAAUGAAUAAUUGUAAAUAAAGUAUACUCAAAAAGGAA